UUAGAAGCUCCCACAAUAGAGGGACUCUGAAAUUACCCUUUUACCCUGCACCUCUUGCAGCUGCGUGUCUUUCAUAUAUUUCUUUCGUUAUUCAUAUUUCACGACCAGUAGAACGGCGAGGAGCCAUCCGUUUCCCAAGAAAACCCAGAACAAGAAAGCCUCUCUCUCUCUCUCUCUCUCUCUCCAAAUCCUCCGAUUUCAAAGGUUGCGUAUCCGAAUGUGCACACCGGAUAAUCUAUGAAUUGGUUUCGAUGGAAAGCGAGCUGCAUUCGGAUGCCUCAGAAGUUAACCAACCCACCACAACUGGGGACGUUGAUACUACUUUGAAGGGCUCUGACACAAACGUUAAUUUUGAAAGCAACCCGGGUGACGUUGUGAGGAAUCUGCAGAAUGUCACUUAUAUGUAUCGGCAAGAUGUUGUAAGGAGCAACAGUAGUGGAAAGAUUGGGAUUGUGACCGAAAUUGCUGGUGACUCAGACUCAGACAGCAGUAUAACUGACGAUGAGGAUGAGGAUGAUAAUGAUGAAGAGGCUAGAGGAAAUGAGGAAGGAGGUAGUGAGGGCAAUGAAAAUUCUAGUGGGAGAAGUGAUAGCAGAGAUCCUCUUCCCUCUGACCAGGUUCGAGUACUUUGGAUGGAUGAGUCUGAGACAACCCAAAAAAUCAGUGAUGUAACAGUUGUUGAUAGGGGGUUCUUACAUGGGGAUUUUGUUGCUGCUGUUUCGGACCCAACUGGUCAAGUGGGUGUUGUGGUUGAUGUCAAUAUUUCGGUGGACUUGUUAACUACUGAUGGAUCUGUUAUAAAAGAUGUCUCCUCGAGAGACUUGAAACGUGUGAGGGAUUUUACUGUUGGCGAUUAUGUAGUACUUGGUCCCUGGCUUGGUAGAAUUGAUGAUGUUGUAGAUAACGUGACAGUGUCAUUUGAUGAUGGUUCUGUGUGCAAAGCUAUGAAAGUGGAUCCACUGCGUCUCAAACCAGUCGGUAGGAUGCUCAUGGAAGAUGGCCAUUUCCCUUACUACCCCGGGCAACGGGUAAAGGCUAGCUCUUCAUCUGUUUUCAAGAAUUCUAGGUGGCUAUCUGGUUUGUGGAAACCUAACCGGUUAGAAGGUACUGUAACUAAAGUUACUGUAGGGUCAGUAUUCAUAUACUGGAUAGCAUCUGCUGGAUAUGGACCUGAUUCUUCUACUACUCCAGCUGAAGAGCAGAAUCCAAAGAACUUAAAGUUAUUGUCUUGCUUUGCUUAUGCAAAUUGGCAAUUGGGUGACUGGUGUCUUUUUCCAUCACCUCCGCUAUCUUCUUCCGUUUUCCUGGACAAGGGUUUAUCAAAGCUAGGACUUCAUGAGUGCGGCAAAGGUGAAUCAGAUUCUACUAAAACAGGACCUGAUUGUGAUUCAGAAGUGGUUUCUCAAGACGAAGCAAAUGGAUUUUGUGAAUCCAUGGACGUUGAAAUGGAAAAUGUGUUGGAUGGAUCCAGCAGAAAUGUAGAUGGUAAUGCCUCACAAGAGUCCAGUACGUGCAGUAGUUCAUUGUCAGUUUCGAAGGAGCCUGUCCAAGAAACUUGGCCUCUUCAUCGCAAAAAGAUCCGGAAAGUAGUGAUUAGGAGAGACAAAAAGUCUCGAAAGAAAGAGGAAAGUUUUGAGAGGGCUCUUUUGAUCAUCAAUACAAAGACAAGAGUUGAUGUAGCAUGGCAGGAUGGGACAACAAGGUGCUUAUUAGAUUCUACAACUUUGAUUCCUGUCGAUAGUCCUGGCGAUCAUGAAUUUGUAGCGGAACAGUAUAUAGUGGAGAAGGCCACUGAUGACAAUAAUGACAGUAGUGAAGUCAGACGUGUUGGGGUUGUGAAAAGUGUUAAUGCAAAAGAGAGGACAGCUUGCGUGAGGUGGUUUAAGCCAGUUGUCAGGGCAGAAGAUCCUCGAGAGUUCGAAAAGGAGGAAGUGGUGAGUGUUUAUGAGCUUGAGGGUCACCCUGACUAUGAUUAUUGUUAUGGGGAUGUAGUUGUUCGGUUGUUACCUGUUUCCGUAACUUCGGACACAGCUGCUUCUGGAGGUUCUGUUGAGGAAGCAAAACUGAUGGCGGGUCCAAAUAAUGUUGAACGAGAUUCGAAAAAGCACUUGGGACAUGAGGAAACAGAGGGUGCAUCCACCAAUGAAGCUUGCAUGGACUUCUCAGAUCUUUCUUGGGUUGGAAACAUAACUGGUCUUAGAAAUGGUGAUAUUGAAGUCACAUGGGCUGAUGGGAUGGUUUCAACGGUUGGCCCUCAAGCAAUUUAUGUUGUUGGGCGUGAUGACGAUGAAUCAAUUGCUGGUGGAAGUGAAGUCAGUGAUGAUGCUGCUAGCUGGGAAACAUUUGAUGAUGAUCAGAUGGAUGCCCUUGAGAAUGCAAAUGAGGAAAUUGAGCUGCAAAAUGCUACUGACAUCAGUCCUGGGUCAGAGGAGAGCGAAAAUUCUGGAAGGAACGGAGCGCUUUCAAUUCCCUUUGCUGCACUAGGAUAUGUGACCCGACUGGCUAGUGGGAUAUUUUCGCGGGGAAGAAAACACUUUGAUCCAUUAAGUUUGGACCACACAAGAGAAAAUGAAGUUAAAGCUCAUGGAAUGGAAAACUUUCCCAUCAGAGGUGAUUCUGGCCGUGAGUCUAGCUCCCACAUUUCCACUGAAAUCCAUGGUCCAGAAACUACUCAAACUAGUCGUGGAGAUGAACAUGAUGACGAGGCCAAAGAUUUGUUGGACGUAGCUGAAGCUCUUUGCAGCUUGAAACCUGAAGCACAUCACGUGCCAUCACAGUCCGGGGAGACUAUUUCCAGUUUCAAAGGCUUUGAUAUUGCAAAAGAUCCUUUGGACCAUAAUUUUUUGGGUGCAAAUGGACAGAAUAAUGCCGGAAGGAAAUGGCUGAAGAAGGUCCAACAAGAUUGGAAUAUCCUUCAGAAUAACUUACCGGAUGGAAUUUACGUACGGGUAUACGAAGAUCGAAUGGAUCUCUUGAGGGCUGUGAUAGUUGGACCAUAUGGGACACCUUAUCAGGAUGGCCUUUUCUUCUUUGAUUUUCACCUUCCACCAGAGUACCCUGAUGUCCCGCCGUCAGCAUACUAUCAUUCUGGUGGGUGGCGUGUAAACCCUAACUUGUAUGAGGAAGGCAAGGUUUGCCUUAGUCUUUUAAACACCUGGACUGGCAGAGGAAAUGAAGUUUGGGAUCCUUCAUCCUCAAGCAUCCUUCAAGUCCUGGUUUCACUCCAGGGGUUAGUUUUAAAUUCUAAGCCAUACUUUAAUGAAGCUGGGUAUGAUAAGCAAAUCGGGACAGCCGAGGGAGAGAAAAAUUCGUUGUCCUACAAUGAAAAUACAUUCUUACUGAACUGCAAGACAAUUAUGUAUCUUUUGCGAAAGACGCCAAAGGACUUUGAAGAUCUCGUGAGAGAACAUUUCAGGAGGCGAGGUUAUUACAUCCUCAAGGCCUGUGAUGCAUAUAUGAAAGGUUACUUAAUUGGUUCACUGACAAAGGAUGCCUCUUUAAGCGAGAGAAGCAUCGCAAAUGCAAAUUCGGUUGGCUUCAAGCUAAUGAUGGCUAAGAUUGUGCCAAAGCUUUUAUUGUCACUGAAUGAAAUUGGAGCUGAUUGUGACGCGUUUAAGCAUCUACAGCAGUCAUAACAGAAAUCGUACAAGGGGUCAGCCUUGAUCAAGAGAAAGAGAUCAUCGUCUCUCUUAAUCUGAAAAUUAUAAACACUGUCCAAUGUAAUUGAUUUAGAGGGUCUAGGAUUGAUUUAUAGUGUGGACUUGGAUAAGAACAUUCUUUUAUCAAGUUUGAAAGCUUGGCAGCCUGAACUUUCUGGAGCAAAGUUGAAGGGUCUAACCAAAUUUGCCCACCAUGUGAUUCAGCAGAUCUGGAAUGAGCAAAAGCUCGUAAAACUGGCUGCUUUUGCUGUGUGAACAAAAUUGUUGUCAUCUUUUCCUCUCCCUAUGGGGGUUGAGGGGGCAGUUAGGUUUUCUCAUCGACUGUCCAAUUUACUCUCUCAAUCAGGAAUGAAAGAUAAAUUUUAUUUGUACCA